UGGUCCUGAGCGCUCUGCAUCCCGGCAGCGGCAACAGCAUCCGGGUCUGGGAGGGGAGAAGAGCUGGCACACGCCAAGCACUGCAGCUGGUACCCAGCCCAGCUCCACCCCUCCUCCUCCUGCCAUUCCAGCCUCCUUCCCCCAGCCUCCACCCGCUUUGUUCUCCAUCCCUCCCCUCCUCCAUCUCCCCUCUGCUGCAAGGAGCAUCUUCCGCUCUCGCCGCUCCGAGGGCACCAGGUCUUGCAGCCACUGGCCUGCCCAGGAGCCCGUGCACAGCGCUUUGCAGCUAACUUCGUGCCCUCCAGGACGAGUCCCAGGCCAAGGCUCCUGUCCCCUACCGUGGAGGCUGAGCUGGGAUGCUGCUCUAGGGGUGCCCAUGGUUCUCACCCUGCUCGUCUCCAUCCAUAAACUGUGCCGUUUUUUUGCCAUGUCCAGUUCGGAGAGGGUGUCGGUGCCUGAGUACAUGAGCCAUGCGUGCUUGUGGCCCGGGGCGGGGGCUGCCUGCAACCACCGAGAAGUGUCCCCUGGGGUGAGCACGGAUGUCCAGGUCGCUCUGGAUCGGAUCCUCCCUUACCUGCACCUGGCCAUUUCCUCCAUGAAGCAGGCAGUCGACCCCGAGGAUCUCAGGAAGGGGAUCGCAGAGAUCUUCCAGCUGGUGGAGGAAGCCUGGGUGAUGCCCACCCUGGGGAGAGAUGUGGCCAAAGCUCUGUGUGAUGUGAUCCGCCUGGAGGGGGGCCUGGACCUGCUGCUGAACCUGCUCCAGGCAACAGAGCUGGAAACCAAGUGCCAGGCUAGCAAACUCCUGGAGCAGAUCCUGGUGGCAGAAAACAGGGACCGGAUUGCCCGGAUUGGGCUGGGGGUGAUCCUGAAUCUGACCAAGGAGCGAGACAGCCCCCAGGUGGCACGCAGCCUCUCAGGUAUCCUGGAGCACAUGUUCAAACACACUGAGGAGACCUGUUUCCAGCUCAUUUCUGACGGGGGCCUGGAUGCCAUCCUCUACUGGUGCCGCUGGACCGACCUCGUUGUACUGCGCCACUGCGCCAUGGCCCUGGCCAACUGCGCCAUGUACGGCGGGCAAGCCAACCAGCGGCUGAUGAUCGAGAAGAACACGGCAGAGUGGCUCUUCCCACUGGUGUUCUCCAAAGAUGACGAGCUGAUCCGCCUGCAUGCAUGCCUGGCCAUCACAGUGCUGGCCACCAACAAAGAGAUCGAGAAAGAGGUGGAGCGGUCGGGGACCUUGGCGCUGGUGGAGCCCUUCAUCGCCUCUCUGGACCCGGAGCGGUUUGCAUGCGACUUGCUGGACAGCAGUGACAAUAGUCAGGGAAGGACAGCAAAGGACCUGCAGCAUCUGGUGCCCUUGCUGGACAGCUCGCGGCUGGAGGCGCAGUGCAUCGCUCUCUUCUACCUGUGCAUAGAAGCCGCCAUCAAAGCCAGGCAGAAGAAAACCAAGAUUUUCAGUGAAAUUGGGGCUGCUCAGAGCCUGAAGAGGAUAGUGUGUUACUCCACCAACACCACCGCCUCGUCGCUGGCCAAGAAGGCGCUGCGCAUGAUGGGUGAGGAGGUGCCUCGACGGAUCCUGCCCACCGUCUCCAGCUGGAAACCCAUCGAGGUGCAGACGUGGCUGCAACAGACUGGAUUCGACAAAUACUGCCAGAGCUUCCUGGAGCAUGAGGUGGAUGGGGACUUGCUGCUGCGACUGACGGAGACGGAUCUGCGGGAAGAUCUGGGGAUGGCCUCUAGCAUCAUCCGGAAGAGGUUUUUCCGGGAGCUGACGGAGCUGAAGACAUAUGCAAAUUACUCCACCUGCGACCGCAGCAACCUGGCCGACUGGCUGGGCAGCGUUGACCCCAAGUUCCGCCAGUACACGUACAAUCUGGUGACUUGUGGCAUCGACCGCAACUUCCUGCACCGUGUGACGGAGGAGCAGCUGCAGGAGGACUGCCGCAUCAAUGUGGGCUUCCACCGCGUGCGCAUUCUCUCUGCCGCCAGGGAAAUGCUUCACUCUCCCCUGCCGUGCAGUGGCUGCAAAUCCACCUCUGAGGGGCCUGAUGUGUUUAUCAGCUACCGACGGAGCACUGGCUCCCAGCUGGCCAGCCUGCUGAAGGUCCAUCUGCAGCUGCAUGGCUUCAGCGUGUUCAUAGAUGUGGAGAAGCUGGAGGCGGGGAAGUUUGAGGACAAGCUGAUCCAGAGCGUGAUGAGCGCCCGCAACUUCGUGCUGGUUCUCUCGCCAAACACGCUGGAUAAGUGCAUGGGGGACCCUGACCGCAAGGACUGGGUGCACAAGGAGAUCGUGACGGCCCUGAGCUGUGGGAAGAACAUCAUCCCUGUGGCUGACCAUUUUGAGUGGCCUGAUCCCCAGGAUCUUCCCGAGGACAUGAGGGCUGUCCUGAAAUUUAACGGCAUCAAAUGGUCCCAUGAGUACCAGGAGGCCACAAUCGAGAAGAUUAUCCGCUUCCUCCAGGGCCGCUCAUCCCGGGAUUCUUCAGCUGGCUCAGAGAACAGCCUGGAGUGUGCAGCCCCUCUCGGGCAGACCUACAGCCAGGCAGGGCCACCCCAUAUCCUCUAGGGCAGUGUUGUUCAACCAGGGACCUGCUUGCUGCUUUCCUACACUGCAUCAGGGAGAUCUCAGGGCGUGGCGCCGGUCCUCAGCCCGGCAGCUGAGAAACACGGUGCUAGGCACUUCCCAGAAGCGCUCUCCCCAAGUGGGGUUAAAUCCUUCCUGUUAGAGCUUCCUGCUUCCAGGGCUGUGCCCUGGGCCUACCCCUGAGGGACCUGGACCACUUCCCUGGCUCAGACAGUGCAAGAGGAAGGGCCCUUGGCUGGGGCAGCAGCCGAAUAUCAACUCUCUAAUUACCCUCCCAUCCUCGAAUCCAGCCCCGGCACCAAAAGGGAUGUUCUCCCCUUAAGAGCAAAGAACACUUCCUAUCUGCCUCCUACAGCCUGAGCCUGUGGGGGCCAGACAAGAGGGCCCGUCCCAAUGCCCCCGGGGCAGGGAGACAGCUGUUCCCCUUCCCUCGCCAUGACACCCACUCGUCUGACUCCCCCAGCCUGCAGAGAAAGUGAUGGAGAACGCAGACCCCACCCAGAAAUGUUUGCAGGAAGGAGGGGAGGGGGAGGAAGGGGCAGUUGAGAGGAAGUGGCCCAUGCAUAAGGCUACGAUUUAGUCACAGGUAUUUUUAGUGAGUCAUGGACAGGUCAGAGACAAUAAAAGUCAUGGCCAGUGAUCUGUCCGUGACUUUUAUUAAAAACACCCGUGCCUAAAUCUUAGGUGCUGAGGGGGGCAGGGGUGCUCUGGCAGUCGCUGCUGCUCCUGGGGGUGGGAUCAGCCUGGGGCCCCACCGCCGCUCCUCCGGGCAGUGCCUGGGACCAGUUGCCUGGGGUCGCCUGAGCAGCGACCAGCGUGGCUGGUCCUAGGGACGCCCCAGCUGCUCGGGCGGCCCUGGGCUCAGCCGCACCAGCCGCUGCAGAAGUUACAGAGGUCCCAGAAAGUCAUGGACUCCGUCACCUCCGUGAAAGACUCGCACCCUUACCCACGAGCUGUGUAUUCACGAGGACUUCACAAGGAGCAUCACGCAGCUGGCACAGGCUGCCAUGUGGACUCCAGCUCCUGCACUUACACGCCCUGCUGGUGCUUGGGGACCAUUACCAAGGGCAGCAGCUCAGGGAGCGAGUGGCACCACAAAGUGCCAAUGGGCAGGAGAGGCCAAAUGAAAGCAAAGCCCUGGAGCAAUCCCCUUGUUUUAUGUCAGGUCCCUACAACCUGCCUAGGUGGAGACCUCCCCUCCCCCCAUCCCAAACAGCAGCUCCUGCCACCUCCUCGCGGCCUCUCUCCACAUGCUGCCCAGCCUGGGGAGCCCUUUGCUUCUAGCUCAGGUAGAAAUCUUUCCCGGGGGCCUUUGCAAAGUGCAUCUUGUUUUUAUCACCUGACGUCUCAGUUCUUGCCACUCUGGUGCCCUUGUAAAGCAUUGUCAGGCCCAUGUAUGCAGGGCACAAAGCUGCCCGGGGCCUGGAGCGCGCUGCUGGGCGCGGCGUGGAAGGACGUUAGCUGCUGCAUUGUACCUGUGGGAUCAUUAUACACCGGCAAGGCACUGGGCUGUGGCUGUGUUUUAUUCCUGCCGGCUCUGCUCUUCAUCCCAGAUUGGUCAUGGCUCCUGCUCCGCUCAGAGGGAGGGGUCUGCGUGAGCUUCCCUCCAGCUUAGGCUUUGUUGGCUCCAGCGUUAAGUGACAGGCCGUUAAGUGACAGGCCGUUUCCUCACCUCCCCCAUCCCGCUCACGAGCCCGAUCCUCUGCACAUUCAGAAUCGGCCAGCAGGGUAUUGGGGAUGGGAGCAGAGGCCAUUGCCAAGGCUGACGGGGGUUUCCUGGG